AUGAUAUCUAGUGGUGUAGUGAAAGUUUUGUCCACUGAUGGGAGGCUGAUGAUCUACACAAGGACAGUGAAAGCAGCAGAACUCUUGUUAGAAAAUCCUGGACAGUUUCUAUGUCAUUCAUGUCACCUACAAAUUGGCCAACGAAUUCCUGGAGUUUCCGCGGAUGAAAUACUCGAACGUGGAAAAUUUUAUUUUCUUCUUCCUAUGGAAAUGCUCUACUCAGUGUUAACAAAUGAGGAGAUGAAUUGGCUCAAUGACAAGGCAUCCAAAGGACUUAAACAAGGAAGUUUGAAUUUUUCCAAGAUUUUUCCAGUUCUUGGUGAUCAUUUUUGUCUAUUUCCCAAUUCAGAAGCCAAGGCAGUAAUGGAGGUUUCUUCAACAAGUGAUCCACAACCAUCUGAGAGGUAUUCAAGACAAAGAUCGUGGAAGCCUGCACUCGAAACUAUUGUCGAAACGCCACUACGGCAUUAA